CAACCAAAUUAAUCAAAUUAUUACUGAAAUGAAAAAUGAAUUAGACUGUAUUCAUAUCGCUCUUGUGCCUAAAGUUUUCGAUUAUUACAGUGUAAACAAUAACUAAAAAUGAGGACAGUCCCGAAAUGGGUUAAUAAAAUUCACGAAGCCGAUAAAAUAGAAUUUUCGAGUGUCCACACGAUAUGCUACAGUCCAGAUGGUACUCAACUGGUAAUUGGUGCUGGCGAAAAAGUUAUGGUUUACGAUCCUCGAGAUGGGUCUUUGGUGCAAUUGCUUCAAGCCCACAAAGGCGCAGUGCACGCCGUGGCUUAUUGUGGCGACGGAAAAAAAUUUGCAAGUGGCAGUGCUGAUAAAAACGUGAUCAUAUGGACGUCUAAAAUGGAAGGCGUGCUCAAAUAUUCGCAUAGUGAAGCAAUUCAAUGUCUAGCAUAUAAUCCUGUCACAUAUCAUUUGGCGUCCUGCGCACUCUCAGACUUUGCAUUCUGGUCAGCGGAAGUUAAGGCAGUGCAGAAGUAUCGAGUGACAGGCCGUAUUACAAGCUGUGCUUGGGCUCCCAACGGGCAGUACUUAGCUGUUGGGCUGGCUAUUGGUGCUGUUUCUAUAAGAGAUAAAGUUGGUGAUGAGAUAAAAAAGAUAACAAGAGAAGCUGCAGUGUGGGCUGUCAAUUUUACCAAAACAUGUCUUAUUGUCUCUGAUUGGAAUGAAACAUUAUCCUUUUAUAAUGUACAGGGACAACAAAUUCUUAAAGAAAGGAACAUAGGUAUAGCAGCACUAUCAGUGUCAAUGCUUGGCGAGCUAAUACUGGUAGGGGGAGUCGGAGGAUGGGCCGUGCUUACAUCAGAAGGCGUGCCCAUACUCAACACCCCGCAGGAAUGGGUGUGGUCCAUCACACCUUCACCAUCUCUUGCCACACUUGCAGUGGGUUGCCAGGAUGGCACUCUAUGGUGCUACCAAACUGUGUUCAGCACAGUGCACGGCCUGUACCGCGAGCGGUACGCGUACCGCGAGAACAUGACCGACGUGAUCAUACAGCACCUCACCACCGGCACCAAGGUGCGCAUCAAGUGCCAUGACAGGGUGCAGAAAAUCGCCAUCUACAAACAUCGCUUGGCGGUGCAACUGCCGGAGCGGGUGGUGGUGUACGAGCAGGGCGACGUGGAAGGCAUGCUGUACCGCGUGAAGGAAAAGUUGCCGCAGAAGACCGAGUGCUCGCUGCUGGUGGCCACCAGCGACGCGCUGUUGCUGUGCCAGGAUACCAAACUAUCAAUUAUUGGAAGGCGGAUACCAAAGACAUGGACAGUACCAUCACCGAUUCGUUACGUCAAAGUUACCACCCUGUAUUUUGAAGAAGUCUUAUUGCUGGGCCUGUUAAAUGGACAAAUAUGGCAAGUGGAGCCGCGCUGUGGAAGUUGCAAGCUGGUGCUGUCGACGCCGGGCAGCGUGCGCUGCCUGGACGUGAGCGCGGCGCGCGCGCGGCUCGCGGUCGUCGACGACGCGUCCGUGGCGCGCGUCUACAGCCUGCCCACCUCGGAGCUGCUGUACACGGAAGAGAAUGUGUCGUCGGUGUCGUGGAACUCUUGGUGCGACGAGCUGCUGGCGCUGUCGGGCGGUGGGUUGCUGGCCGUCAAGGCGGCGCACUUCCCUCCCGCCACGCAGCCGCUGCUGGGCUCCGUGGUCGGCUUCCAGGGUGGUCGAGUGUUCUGCCUCCAGUCGAACUCGAUGCAAACAAUUAACGUGCCGCUGUCGCACGCCGUUCAUCAGUAUGUGCAGCAGAAAAUGUUCAACGAGGCGUACGCAGUGGCGUGUCUUGGCGUGACGCCGCUGGACUGGGAGCGGCUCGGCGAGGUCGCGCUCGAGGAACUGGCGUUCGAAGUCGCCCGCAAGGCCUUCCAGCGCAGCGAGAACCUCAUCUUUCUCUCGCUCAUUGAUCAUUUACAGGAGCGGUUUGAGGCAGGCGAGAAGCGCGCCGUGAUCGUGGGCGAGGUGCUGGCGUACCGCGGCCACUACGCCGACGCGGCGCGUGCGUUCCGAGGCGCCGGCCGUGACGAUCGCGCUCUGGACCUCUACGUUGAUCUGCGCAUGUUCAAUAAGGCCCAGGAGUUCGUGUGCGAGGGCGAGGGCGGCGCGGCGCUGGCGCGGCGGCGCGCCGAGUGGGCGCGGCACGUGAACGAGCCGCGCGCCGCCGCCGAGAUGUACCUCGCGGCCGGCGACGUGCGCCGCGCGGCGCACCUCAUGGCCGAGAGCGGCCGCAAGGACAUGUUGAUAGAGCUCGCACGCAAGUUGGACAAAGGCUCAAGCGACUCUCUUCGCUACGUCGCCGAAGCCUUGGCUACGGCCGGUGAGCCCGCAGCCGCGGCCGACGUUUACCAACGCCUUGGCGAUUACAGGAAAGUGGCGCAGCUGGCGGUUGCGGCGGGCGAGUGGCCGCGCGCGUUCGCGCUGGCGCGCGAGCACGCCGAGUGCCGCCGCGACGUGUUCCUGCCGCACGCGCACCGCAUGGCGCGCGAGAACAAGUUCGUUGAGGCGCAGAAGGCAUACCACAUGGGCGGAGAACUGGACACGGCGCGACGGGUGUUUUCCAUUCUGGUGAACAACGCCGUGGCCGAGGAGCGCUUCUGCGACGCGGGCUACCUGUACCACCUGCUAGCUGCGCAGUGCCUCGAGACCGCCGGAGCCGCGCACGGCAGGGAUCGGGAGCGAAGCAUGCGCGAGUACUCUCACAACUGGCGGCUGGCGCGCGUGUACCACGCGUACGAGGCCGUGCACCGCUGCGUGCACGAACCCUUCUCGCUCAGCCAGCCCGACGCGCUGCUCAACGCGGCCCGCAUGGUGCUCGCGCUCGUCGAUGACCACCCGCCGCCCGGCGUCUCUAUGUUCUGUUUAUAUUUAUGUCUCGCUAAGCAAGCGAAGACUCUCAACGCCCAUUCGCUCGCUCGGCAAAUGUUGGACAAGAUCUUGGCUCUGCAAAUACCACAAAAAUUUCAAGAGAGCGUAGAGCUGUUGAUACUGAAGAGCCGAGCGGGCGGGUCGCCGGAGGGGCGCGACGACGACGUGUCGCCGCUGUGCUGGCGCUGCCGCCGCCACGCCGCGCCCACGCCCGCGCUGCGCUGUCUCCACUGCAAGCACACACCUGCCUAUUCGCUGCCUUCGCAUGAUGUACUGCCCUUGGUGCAGUUUGUGCCCGCGGAAGGCAUAUCGUAUGAAGAAGCGCUGGAGCUAAUAGAGCGCACGUCGCUGGCUGACACCGACGCGCAAGAGGACACGGGCGGCGCCGAGGUGCUCCGGAUAAACCACGACCUCGACGAGUACGACCCCUUUCUUGACAAGUUUGAUGAGGAAGAAGAGGGCGGGCCGGUGGUAUGCUCCCGCAGUGUACUGGUGCGCCUCAGCCCAGCGAGCGUGGUGGUGGUGCAGGCGGGCGCGGGCGACCUCCUCCCGCCGCUGCUCUACCGCAACAUGCUGCCCGAGCUGCCUGUCAUACCGUGCCCGCACUGCCCCUCGUUGUUCUACCUGGAAGACUACGAGGUGCUCCUGGUGACGAAGGGCCAGUGCCCGUUCUGCCGGCAGGCCGGCGAGCGCGGCGCCCGCGAGCCUGACUCCGCGCCCUCCUCGCCGCCCAGCGACGCCGCCGGCCUCGACUCCUGGCGAUAACACCCUGUAAACCUCCCCACUCACUUGCCCGUAACUUACAGGUAUUUCCUGUUAUUUCAUCUUAACUUAGCGCAGGUCACUAAAGGAGCAACGUACAUUCAGUGAAGCGUACAUUAGUUUGACUGUUAACAGACAGGUACUUUGUCUUAAAUACCAAGUACUUAUUUUUCGUCCCCGGAUUAUGAAGGUAUUUCAAAUACAUAUAUGUAAAUAACGAUUAUUAUUUUGGAAUUGACAUCCGAACUUGACAAAAUCACGUAUGCAUUACUUGUGACUUUUUUGUAACAGCCGAUUAAUUCUUAGUUUAAGCAGUAGUACGUUUUAGUUAUUUGAGACCGUUUAAAUGCAUGAAACCUUCAAGCUGUGCCAUGGCAUAUCAAGUUAUUUUUUACCACCACAUUUAGGGGCCCCGAUGUCCCGUCAGUUUAAUCCAGCUAUUGUUGAAAAUGACAGCGACACCCAGAAUUACCUUAAACAGCAAUAUACAUGUAGCCCUAGGUUUGACUCAUAGAGUAGGAAGGCCAUUGCAUACAAGCUGAGCACCUUAGAAUGUUAGGACCACUUGGAGAUUUAAAAUAAAUAUUACUUGAAUUAUAAUAACUACAAAUAAUAAUAGUUAAAUCCGAUAUUGUGGCGCGGAAUUAUCUGUUAUCAUAGAACAAUGAACUUACGCACGAACAUAGAACCUCCUUUUAAGAAGUUGGUCAAAAGUAAACACCUUAUUUUCCCAAUAUUUACCAUUAAUGUCUGACGAACCUUUAGUUUUAUUAUAUUUAUUUGACCUUAUGUACUCGUAUUGCAGUGACAAAUGUGUUGAUUAGAUAAAAAUACACUCUAUUUUAACAUAUAUAAGGUGCUACUUUAUUAGUUGCAGAUAUUUUAACAGAUGAUACUUUACUUUAAAACAAUUAACUUUAAAUAGAAAUUAAGAAUAUUUAAUUAUAUUUUUUUUGGUUUUAAUUUACCGAACAAAAAAUUAAUUAAUAAUUUCGCCUAAAAAUAAUCACCAUGUGCAUUUAACUGACAAGACGUUUAACACUAUCUGUCAUGUCCCUCAUGUCAAUAAUUGUUUGUCUUAAAUGUCAUUAUGGUUCGGCGGGAAAACUGCAAAAGGUUAUUAGGAUGGAAAAGUAAACAUUUUGGGAAUUCAACUUUCUGUUCCUAAAGCGGAUUUUUAUUUUUUGUUCGAUUUUUUUGCGUCAGAUUUGAAUGAAAUUUGGUGGGUACGGAGAGUUCCUUAUUCUACGCUGGAUAAUCCCAACAAAAUUGUACUGAAUUUUUAGUAAAUCAGUGGAAGAAAUUGAAGGACAUAAUACCUACUGGGGAAUUGCACCUGCGUGUUAAAAAUCGACAAGAAAAUAAAAAUCCAGCCAUUAGGGUAGUUAACUAAUACUAGCCUUUGAUAAGUGAGUGAAAGGAAUUUUAAAAGCAAGCAUGAACAAAAGAAAACUUUUAUUAACAUAAUUUUUUACAAAAAUUGUUGAAAAUGGCGACCCUGGUUUUCAAUACACGAUAAUGCUCGCUUUCGAAUGUUUCUAUUCACACGCAACAAAAUCUCUCUUUCCCUUUUCAUGAUUCCAAAAGCGUUGGUAAUGCGAGCCCGUAAUUCUUCUGAUGUUCUGAUCGUGUGACCGUCGUCUUCAUACACCAAAUCUUUGGCUCGUCCCCAAAUAUGGAAAUCGAGCGGGGUUAAAUCUGGUGAGCGGGCUGGCCAGUUUAAUGCACCUGCUUGGGCCCCACCGCGGCCUAUCCAUCGCAAUCGAAAUUGUUCCGUUAAGUACCUUCUUACAUUACGAUCGUAAUGGGCGGGGGCACCGUCCUGUUGAAAGUACAUCCCCCUACGAAGAUCGACUGGUACGUCCUCUAGCAAUUCCGGUAGGUCUUCUUGUAAGAAUCGUAGGUACGUCCUUCCAUUUAGGCGAUUAAGAACCAACAAACAGUCUCCAAGUAACCCUGCCCACACAUUGACGCUUAAGCGAGUUUGGAAGUGAUCAGGGCGAGCCAAGUGGGGAUUCACUUCCGACCAAAAGUGUGAAUUGUGCAGGUUCAACAAUCCCACCCUUGUAAAGGUACACUCGUCGGUCCACAGUAUGUUACGUCUGAAGUUUCUCCUAAGCCACUGGAAAAAUAAUACACGUGGUUCAUAAUCCUGAGGCUGCAGUUCUUGGAUACGGGUGCAUUGUAGUUUGCAUCGUGAUAACAUGUUACCAUGUUAAAAUAAUCAUCGUCUGUGUAGCGGUAAGGCAUUUCAAAAUAAUUUUUAUGCAAACGACACAAUUAGACGGCAAAUAACAUGACAUUGACAAUCAAGUAUUUGAUUUAUCGACGUGAAGUGGCCAGACAGUUAGGCGUUAGGUAAAAGAGGUCCUAGAAUCUGUUCAAUGAGUUCACAUUUAAUAAUCACAUUAACAGGGUGUUUUUACGUAGCAAAUUUGUUUUUCAGUUUUCUCCAAAAAAACAUUGUAUAAGCUAUAAUGUUUCAUACUUAAAUAUACUCCAGGAACCGAGUACCAUCAGCUGUAUAAAUAUCUGCAACUAAUAAAGUAGCACCUUAUAUAGACAUAUUCAGAUUCAUAAUAAUGCUAUAUUUAUAUUUCGAAAUGCUCGAUACGAUACAGGUGCGAAAAAUAGUAAAAUAGCAACGAGCGGCUAUAAAUUAAAACAUGACCAAAGGGAGUGUUAAAAGUCAACUGGAGUUGCGAAUUACCUUUUCACACAAUGUAUCGUACAAUGUUUUUCUCAACCAUGCAAUGAAAUAUUGAUGUUAUGUUCCUUAUAAUAGGCUGCGAAGUAUGACGUUUCAGGUGCGGCUAGGACAAGAGGUCGUUAAUGGAAUUUCAUACAAAUCUUGCAGGCCUAGGCCGGCAAAGUCCUAUUUUUUAAUUUUUAUUUCACAGAUAUUUGUGACACAGCAUCGUGGCAUUUAUCCAUUAAAAAAAACUAAGGCAGUAUUUGCUUUAUGGUUCGUAAUGACAUGACACUCUGCUACUACGCCUAUAAAAAAAAAACAAUGUUUGCUAUAAUUUGCAGUUUUAUUUGUAUAAAAUCAACAUGAACAUAAUAAUAAUACAUUAUCAACCAAAUUCUAUAGUUUAAUCUGUUCGAGAUCCUGAAAUCGGUGAAAAAUAAAGAUACUACUCCUAAAAAUACGUGUGAUACCUCAUUAGAUUCGUCAUGAUGUCUAGAAAAAUGUAUUCGAAGCGUGUAUUAGCACACAAAAAAUAUCAAAGGUUAUAAACAACUGACGAAUCUAAUGAGAUAUCACACGUAUUUUUAGCAGUAGUAUCUUUAUUUUUCACCGUUCUCAGGAUCUCAAACAGACUAAAUAUUAAAUUACAAAUUUAAAUACACAAAUAAAACAUUUAAAAUAUUUCAUCCAAACGUUAGCGGUAAAAAGGUCUACUCAAACACGCGUAGUUAUAUUUUUUUCUCAAACAUGCAAUGAAAUAUUGAUGUUAUGUUCCUUAUAAUAGGCUGCGAAGUAUGACGUUUCAGGUGCGGCUAGGACAAAAGGUCGUUAAUGGAAUUUCAUACACAUCUUGCAGGCCUAGGCCGGCAAAGUCCUCUUUUUUAAUUUUCAUUUCACAGAUAUUUGUGCCACAGCAUCGUGGCAUUCAUCCAUUAAAAAAAACUAGAGGCAGUAUUUGCUUUAUGGUUCGUAAUGACAUUCUGCCACUACGCCUAUAAAAAAAAAAACAAAAAGCAAUGUUUCUAUAAUUUGCAGUUUUAUUUGUAUAAAAUCAACAUGAACUUAAUAAAUAAUACAUUCUAUAAUUUUAAAUUAUAAAUUUAACUACACAAAUAAAAACAUUUAAAAUAUUUAAUCUAAACGUUAGCGGUAAAAAGGUCUACUCAAACACGCGUAGUUAUAUUUUUUAAAUUGUUAUGGAGGUAAGGUUGAAAAAUAUUCAUUCUGCUUUAUUGGAUUUAUGGUGCGUUGUUGAUUUUUUGACUUUAAUAUGAGUUCCGACGAAAUAAUGAAAUUAAUAUUAAUUGUAAUCGUAGGUGUUGGAAUUGGCAGCGUAAGCAGAAUUGAUUUUAAAUAACUUGCUGCCUCUGCCGCCAAGUCAAAGACGAAGUAUGUAUAUGGUUGCUUAUGGCAAUUUUAUUAAUUGAGAAACUAAGAAAAAUGGCUAACAGUUUAUUAGAAACAGUUUUGUGGCAUAUUUUAAAUGAAUGUAACUACAAAUUCGUCAACACUGUGGAAAUUAUACUUAUUUACUCCAUGCAUAAAGCAACGAUGUAUGUGAAACAUGAUAUCAACAUGAAAUACUAUGUAAACUUAUGUGACGAAAACGACAGUCAGAGUCAGACGGAUACAAGGCGAAAAAAUCAAAGAUACCUGAAAAUAUACGGGUAGUAAAAAUACACGACUCGUGUAAAACAUACGCGUGAUAAUGAUAUAGGUACGUGUUGGUUAUAUUUUGGGUGUAGUUUACUUUUAGUUUUUUCUAUAAAUAAAACUUGGGUUUCGUGGUUUUUUUAUUUUAUUUAUUCCAUUGCAUGUUUGAGAAAAGCACUAUACAUACCUCGGCGGGAAAUGGGGUUGCCCGCGCUCAGACCUAUCCGGCCUCGCUUCGCUCGGCCGUCUAUAUGUCUUCGGCCGGCAACCCCUUUCGUCCCGGCCUCUGUAGUAAUGUACUAUUAAUUGUUAUGGAGGCAACGUUGAAAAAUGUUCAUUCUGUAUUUCUGUUUUAUUGAAUUUAUGGUGCGUUGUUGAUUUUUUUUUACUUUAAUUUGAGUUCCGUCGAAAUAAUGAAAUUAAUAUAAUUGUAAUCGUAGGAGUUGAAUUUGGCAGCGUAAGCAGAAUUGAUUUUAAAUAACUUGCUGCCCCCGCCGCCAAGUGCUUAUGGCAAUUUUAUUAUUUAAGAAACUAAGAAAAUGGCUUACAGUUUAUUAGAAACAGUUUUGUGGCAUAUUUUAAAGAAAUGAAAGUAACUACAAAAUCGUCAACACUGUGGAAAUUAUACUUAUUUACUCCAUGCAUAAAGCGACGAUGUAUGUGAAACAUGAUAUCAACAUGAAAGACUAUGUAAACUUAUGUGACGAAAACGACUGCCAGACGGAUACAAGGCGAAAAAAUAAAAGAUAUGUACAUGAAAAUAUACGGGUAGUAAAAAUCGACUCGUCUAAAACAUACGCGUGAUAAAGAUAUAGGUACGUGUUGUUAUAUUUUGGGUGUAGUUUACUUUUAGUUUUUUCUAUAAGUUUUAUUAACUUUGGUUUUGUGGAUUUUUUAUUUCAUUGCAUGUUUGAGAAAAGCACUAUACAUACCUCGGCGUGAAAAGGGGUUGUCGGCCUCAGACCUAUCCUCUCACCUCAGUCUAUAUGUCUUCGGCCGGCAACCCCUUUUGUCCCGGCCUCUGUAGUAAUCUACUAUUACAGUACAUGGUCCUUUAAGUUUUCGACGUAGUUGCGUAAUGAGCUUAUUAUGGCACUGAUCCGGCAAAGUAGCGCCUUAUGUACUGCAAAUGUAUUAAUAGUAUUGUGACAAUACUUUUAAGUUCUUCAUAUUAACAUAUGUCAUGACAUACAGUCACACAUGGUCUGUAAGAUUAUGUUAACUGUGUACCGUCGCCAUUUUGAUGUAGAUACCUGAUGUUUAAUAAUAAUAUAUAUAUAAUUAUAUAUUUUAAGUAAGAUAAUGUGAUUUAGAAUCCGUCCUAAUUGUUAUUUAUUGCUCUCUAUUUACAAGAGAAUAAACUGAGAUUGAUGAGUAGGUACCUAAUACUAAUAGUGAUAGAUUACAUGUCGUCGGCCUAAAUCGCAAACCUCGUAACUCCAUUUCAAGGAAAUUAGUAAUUGCUACCUUGGGUAACAAUACUUAUAGUCGCAAACUUCGUAACACCCCCGGAGGAGUUACGAGGUUUGCGACUUAGGCCGACAAUGUGUUUAAUUUUGUAUUGAAUAGUUUUAGUGAGAAACAUCUAGUGUUUACAAAUAUUACAAUAUUAAUGAAUUAAGUUUCCUUAACACAUUAAUCCGUUUAGAGGAAAUUAACUGAUAAUCCCGGAAGGUAAUACGAUUUCUCCGAAAAUAUGUAACCGAGUCCUACUUAGAGUGUACUUGUCAAUUCAUAAAACUGUACAUACAUAUAUACAUAAUAGGGAUAUUUAAGAUUUUUAUUGUAAUCCAAUGAUCUCUAUUUUAUGUUUAACACAAUUAAAUAAAUGCCUGUCUGCAUAAUGUUAAAGUCUACUCACACUUACGUAUUAUAGUGAUAUAAAACCACCGUCCAGACGAGAAUGCAUAAAAUAAAAGUUGAAAUCAA